AUGAAAGAAAACAAUAGAAAGGAGAAAAUCACGAGCACAAAGGGAAAGAAACCACGCAAAGGAGCUGCGGUUAAAUCGUUGGAGUCGAUAGAAGUGACUGCACGUAUACAACAGUUGGAGAAGGAUAUACAAGAAAUGCAACGCGGCACUCAGGCGCCACUGGGUCGAACGAGAAACGUCUUGCUGCAUAACUUUGCAGAGCGAAUGAUUCGCGAUACCAAAGCACGACGAGAGGCGGAUCGCAGACACGUUCAAGAUGUUUCCGACUGGCGGGUAUACCGGCCAAUAUGCCCUAUAUUAAGUACCACAGGGUUGGGNNACAUACAGCCGGGACCUUCUGCUCUCUAG